CGAAUAUUGAAGAUUGAAUCAUAUUUUUUAACCCUUUUGGAAAUUAUUCAAAUAUUUUGAUUUUAGUUGUUCAAUGUGAAAAUGGACGUACAUUUACAAGCUACAGAGUGGUUAAGAACGUUAGGAUAUGAUGGUAAUAUUCCAGAUGAUUUUAAAACGAUCUGUAAUCAUUCAACUGCUUUUAUAUGGGACCAACUUAUGCAAAAUGUUAGAUCAAGGAUAGAGGUACAAAAUAUAAGAAACAACAUUUUAGUACAGCAUCUACAUGAAAAUGGUUUAAGUUUGAACAAGAUGGAUACAUCACAGUGUAAUUUGAUAGAAAUUAAUACAUACUUAACAAAGGAAGAACUAAAAAAUGAUUUAGAAAAAAUUAACAAUUCAAUAUCAGAAAAGCAAACAAUUAACGAAAGUUUGAUUCGACAAAAUAAACUUAAAAGGUUUUCUAUCGAAAAAUCAAAAUUGAAAAUUAAAGAAAACGAAGAAAGGGAAUAUCUUCUUCGACAAAAACUCAAUAUAUUAGAAAAGGAUGUACAAGAUGCUGAAAAUAUUUAUAAUUUUUCCAUGAAUCCAAAUGUAAUCGUCAAUUAUGAAUCAGUAAACUCAAAAGAUAUUACGGAAAUCCUACAAACAUGUGAAAAUAAAUUGGAAGAAAAGGUUCAAAGGUUACCGGCACCCAUAAAACAAUCUUCAGAAGAAACGGUAAAUAGAUGGAUGAUGACUGCACAGAAAACCGUAAAAAAAACUAAUAUGUUCGAAAAGUAUUUAUGUUUCACAGAAAAACAAACGUCUAAAAAAAUGAAAAGAUAUGCGAAAAGUAAAGAAAACCUUCCUCCGAAUAAAAUUAACAUGUGCUUGUUUCCAGAUGACGAUAACAUGCAAAUAAUAAACAAAAGGAAUGUGUCUGCGAGACGGGAAUCUCUUGAAAUGUGCAUGGAAGAAAACGACGAUGAAAAUUUUUUAAUCAAACUUGAUGUACCCAAAUAUACACACUAUUCAAUUAAUCAAACAUACAGAGAUGAAACAAUAUUGAAUCACACAAAAUGUGGUUUGAAACAACAACCGAGUAUCAGUGUAGAAGCAGUGUCUGAUGAAAGUGUUAGUAAUGACAUUAAAGAUUUAAUUAGCACGUGCAAUCGUCAGAGUAUAUGGAAUAUAUUUCGCGUACUUGAUGACAGUCUUCAUUUUAAUAUAUCGAAAAAAAUCAAUUUUAGAAAUGCUCAGUUUGCCAACACUAAAAAUCGCAGACAAGCUGAUUUGACUACCCUUCAGUCCCUACAUGUUAGAACAGAAUUUAGGAUAAUUAAAAAUAAUAUUUUAAUAAAAACGUUAACCCGAAGAUUUAAUGACAGAAUGGCCAAAAUGAAUGAGUCUAUAAGAAAUUCGGAAUAUCCUUCUGAGAUUAUCGACAGUCUUACUAAAAAUCUGCAAUUGCAGAUAGAAGAUGUAGGAUUGGAUUGUUUAUUAGAAGUUAUGAAAAGAGAACUACGUACAAGUGAAAAUACAUCGAGAAUUACUAAUAGUUUUGAACUUCAGAAGAAUCUAUCAGAUAUUAAAGAUAAAAUUGCUUUGAAAAGAACUUCUUUAAUACAGUAUUUAGAAAUAAUGCAAGACAUUUUUUUGGCUAUCAGUCGCAUGCGUAAUACAACUUCUUUGUGUGUACGGAAAUUAGCAGCUUUUACGAAUGAUCUAAGCUGGUGUUCGAUGCUUCAGACGAAAUUGAAUUACCAGGAAAUAAAAGUAUUUGAAGAUUUUCCUUCAGAACACAAUAGAAGAUUUAUUAACACAGACCCGUCUUUGUAUUAUAAAGAUAUACACACGAAUACAUUCCUAUGCAAUCGAGAAAUUAACGAUGAAAAUUUGAAUAAGUUAAUUUUUAUAUUAAACAACCCAUUUACGAUGCCAGAAACAAUUAUUUUAAAUAUUUUGCGAACUAAACUAAUGUUAAACGCUCUGAAGUUAAUCAAGCCAAUUGAAAAUAAAACUCGUUACAAUAAAUACUCUCUCAAACAUUUACAAGAUAAAGAGAGCUAUAUACUCAAUGCAAUAGAACAACUCCAUUCACUGAUAGCCUCGUCAACAUCAAAGAAGACUUUGUCGGCUUCAAACAUUUCACAGAAAGUGAUGGAUAUGUGGGUUGAAAUGCCUUUCACAAAAUACAUUCCUUCAAAUCGAGUCUUCGAUAAUAAAGAUUAUAAAACCUACGAGAAAGAGUUUGACAGCUUUUAUAACAACUUGUAAUAUAAAUAGUUAUUUAAGUUACAAUUCUGA